UCAAGCUGAGAGCAGAGCUGAGGACGUCAAGGGGGAUCAAAUGACACAGCUCGUCGACAAAAUUAAUGAUACCGAUCGGGAAACUAGUGUCAAUUGGAGCGCUUCUUGUCCUUCUUGCGGCCACCAAAUCAAAACCCGACACAAGGGUGGGAUCGGUUCAUUACCGGGUCUGCCUGCGGGGGUGAAAUUCGACCCCACGGAUCAAGAGCUUCUUCAACAUUUAGAGGGAAAAGUUGUUGGGGGUGAUGCUCACAAUCUUCAUCCUUUGAUCGAUGAGUUCAUACCCACAAUUCAAUGGGAGCAAGGGAUUUGCUAUACGCAUCCCCACAAACUGCCUGGGGUAAGAAAGGAUGGUGUAGUGCGGCACUUCUUCCACCGGCCAUCGAAGGCGUACACAACAGGAACAAGAAAAAGAAGAAAAGUGGAGGCAGAGGAGGCGGAGGGGGAGGGGGAGACGCGGUGGCACAAGACGGGGAAGACGAGGGGGGUUCAGGUGGAGGGGAGAGUGAAGGGUUACAAGAAGAUAUUGGUGCUGUACAGCAAUUAUGGGAAGCAAAAGAAGGCGGAGAAGACGAACUGGAUAAUGCACCAAUACCAUUUGGGGAGGUGCGAGGAGGAGAAAGAUGGGGAGAUUGUGGUGUCUAAGGUUUUUUACCAAACACAGCCACGCCAAUGUGGGAACUCACUACUGCAAAGGGAGUCCUCCAUUUCUCUCAAUAACCCUAAUCCUAACCCUAACCCUAACCCUAACCCUAACCCACUUGUUGAUUUCUAUAACCCUUCUUUCAUAUCUUUUGAGUCCUGUGAUCAAAAUAGAUCGCCUACCCAUUCCCACCACCUGGUUCCCCAAUUUGGAGUCCAUGCUGGUUCCUCCUCUCUUAUUUCAUGACUAUACAUAUAUAUAUAUAUGUAUAUGGUUAACUACU